UAGCUGCACCGCCUGCAGUAGACAAUAGCUGCUCCGCCAGCGGCAUUAACAAUAGGCUGCCCCGCCAGCAGCAUCGACAAUAGCUGCACCGCCUGUAGUAGACAACAGCUGCUCCGCCAGUGGCAUCAACAAUAGGCUGCCCCGCCAGCAGCAUCGACAAUGGCUGCACCGCCUGCAGGAGACAAAGGCUGCUCUACCAGCAGCACCACCGCCCCAUCUGCUUCACCCUCUCGGGACCCAAAGCAGCAUCACCGAUCAAUAGGCUGCCCCGCCAGCAGCAUCGACCGCCCCAUCUGCUUCACCCUCUCGGGACCCAAAGCAGCAUCACCGACCAGUCAGCUGCACUGCCAGCAGCAUCACCGAUCAAUCAGCUGCACUGCCAGCAGCAUCACCGACCAGCCAGCUGCACUGCCAGCAGCAUCAUCGAUCAAUCGGCUGCACUGCCAGCAGCAUCAAACCAAUACUAGCAUGGGGAAACUCUCAAAGCUCGAGAUGCGGGUAGACCCCACCGGAUACCAUCGUACUUCAUACCCUGCAACACUGGUCCUGCUCGAGGAAGCAGGCGUAUGGAUCAACUGCAAGAACCGUGCACUAAGAUGGCUAGAGGACGACAGGCUGAUCGAUUGUAAACGCGACAUCAACAUCCCUGUGCGCGGCUUGUCUCCAGAGAUGAACCUAACAGGUAAACAAAGGGCGACUGAGCAUCUCGUGUACAAGGAGAACCUCAGGAAGAUGCGUGACCAGCUCAGCACUCCAAAGCCAAGCUCACGACCCCAUCGCAGGAAUCGCCGCAACUCAACCAUGUCACGCGAUACACUCAUCAAUGCUGGUCUAGACAUCAACGUAAUAAGUCCUGCCGCCUUCAUGUUGCAUGCUCGACAAAAGGAAGUCGUCAUUGGUCACAGAAGCGUGUACGAAGUGGAGAAGCUCAUCCAGGACCGUCAAGAAGAGACAAACCAGCUUGACCCAGAGGAGGAGCUCCGCCAGUUGAUUCAACAAAAAGCUCCCGGCACCGUUGACUCCGACAAGCUCCCACCUCACCGUGAGGGAGUCGACCACGACAUCCAGCUUACAGCAAGAGAACACACUGUCAAGCAGCCCGCUGUACAGCAUGUCGCUGGAGCAACUCAAGCUAGUCAAGACCUACCUUGA